CGGGGCGGGCGCGACGGCCCGAGUCGCAUGAAUGAGAGCAACGUGCCCCGCGCGAGACGCCGCGCGCGCCCGGGCCAGGGAGCCAAUGGGAGCGCGGGGAGGGCGCGAGCCCCGGCGCUGAGGGCCGCGGCCGCGCGCCGGCUCGCCGACCAGCGUCGCCAGGCGGGAGCGCGCGGGGAGCGGGGCGGGCCUGGAGCGUGCGAGGGCCAGAGCCGGACGGCACUGCCGGGAGGCGGCGGGGACAAGGACGGCGGCGGCGGGGACGGCCGCCGCGCUCGGGGUGAGGCACCGUAACUCAGUCGAACUCUCUCUGGAAAGCCCAGGAUUAAAAAAGGAAGAUCAGAGAUGAACUAACCUGGGAUCACGGACGUCGUUGGAACUUUGGGUUUCAUCCCGAGUAAUCUUUCAAAGUAUCAGUUGGAAUUGAUUUCUGCAUCUUAUUCUGCUUUUUGGGAAGAAAUGGCUUCAAGGAUUUUAAGUUUCCUUUCAGUUUUGCAUGAAUUCUAUAGGAAACAAAGCCCUUGAAGGGCUUGGGAAUAACAAGAAGUUUGUAAACAUACAAGCUUGCUGUCUGUUUUCCUUCUCCCUUCAAAGAAAAGGAUUUACAACUCAACCUUGUAACAGUUGUAGCCCAGCAUUAAACAUCAAGAGGAACAAACGAAGUAAAGCCACCAUUGCCGGACUCCGAGUCCUGGUCAGGUCCACCUGUGGGAGUGGUGGCGUUGAGAAGACUGCCGAGAAGGGGCAAGGACUGCAGUGCCAACAGCUUCUCUUUCAAGCUGGAAGGGGCCUCCGGUUCCUUCCUGGAUUAAAAUACGCAGGGCGCACCCCUUUGCGGUGCUGCUCACGUCUUGUGGAAGUGUGGGAGUCGUGGCGGAAUCUGCUGUGUCCCCACAGGAUUUUCUUGCUUGCUCAGUUUGCUGCCCUACCUUGGUGUUCUCGCUGUCUUUCCUCCUGAGGAGCUGCCUCCGUCCAUGAGCUACACCCUGAGCUCCUUGACUGCCCAUGCUCUCCACCUGCAGCCGUUUGCAUGUGGGCAGCCUGCUGUUUGUCUCCGGUGCCCGAGCGUAGCCGCGUCUCGUGUCUGGUUCCGGGGCAGUGGUUAAUCCCCCUCUGGACUCGCCUUUCCCCCUCCCAUGUGCUUAGCUUCACUUGACAUCUUUUGACCUUCAAUUUGAUUUGGGAGGGGGAAGGGUGAUCAUUGCACAUUUUUGGUUUCCCUGGUUUUCUUCUGUACUCUCUGUUUCCCGCAUCCUAUUUUCUUGCCCGUUCUGCCGCUGUGUGGGCCUGGGCUAUGCGGCAGGGCACAUCUCCCUUCAGAGCUCCAACAUGCCCGCAGAGUCUGGAAAGAGGUUCAAACCCAGCAAGUAUGUCCCGGUCUCGGCAGCCGCCAUCUUCUUAGUAGGAGCUACAACACUCUUCUUUGCUUUUACGUGUCCAGGACUCAGCCUGUAUGUGUCACCUGCAGUGCCCAUCUACAAUGCAAUUAUGUUUCUGUUUGUUCUGGCCAAUUUCAGCAUGGCCACCUUCAUGGACCCAGGCAUUUUCCCUCGAGCUGAGGAGGAUGAGGACAAGGAAGAUGAUUUUCGAGCUCCGCUUUAUAAAACAGUGGAGAUCAAAGGCAUCCAGGUGCGCAUGAAAUGGUGUGCCACCUGCCGCUUCUACCGCCCUCCGCGAUGUUCCCACUGCAGUGUCUGUGACAACUGUGUGGAGGAAUUUGAUCAUCACUGCCCCUGGGUGAACAACUGUAUUGGCCGCCGGAACUACCGUUACUUCUUCCUCUUCCUCCUUUCGUUGACAGCCCACAUCAUGGGGGUGUUUGGCUUUGGCCUCCUUUAUGUCCUCUACCACAUGGAGGACCUCUCAGGGGUCCGGACGGCUGUCACAAUGGCAGUGAUGUGUGUGGCUGGCUUAUUCUUCAUCCCUGUAGCUGGCCUCACGGGCUUCCAUGUGGUUCUGGUGGCUAGAGGACGCACAACCAAUGAGCAGGUUACGGGUAAAUUCCGGGGAGGUGUGAACCCCUUCACCAAUGGCUGCUGUAACAAUGUCAGCCGCGUACUCUGCAGUUCCCCAGCACCCAGGUAUUUGGGCAGACCAAAGAAAGAGAAGACAAUUGUAGUGAGACCUCCUUUCCUUCGGCCAGAAGUGUCAGAUGGUCAGAUAACUGUGAAGAUCAUGGACAACGGCAUCCAAGGAGAACUGAGGAGAACUAAGUCUAAGGGAAGCUUGGAGAUAACAGAGAGCCAGUCUGCCGAUGCUGAACCACCACCUCCUCCUAAGCCAGACCUGAGCCGUUACACGGGGCUGCGGACACACCUCAGCCUGGCAGCUAACGAAGAUAACAGCCUUUUGGGCAAGGACAGCCCCCCCACACCAACCAUGUACAAGUAUCGGCCGGGUUACAGUAGCAGCAGCACCUCAGCUGCCAUGCCGCACUCCUCCAGCGCCAAGUUGAGUCGUGGGGACAGCUUGAAGGAGCCAACCUCAAUUGCGGAGAGCAGCCGGCAUCCCAGUUACCGGUCAGAACCCAGCUUGGAACCAGAGAGCUUCCGUUCUCCCACCUUUGGCAAAAGCUUUCACUUUGAUCCACUUUCCAGUGGCUCACGUUCCUCCAGCCUCAAGUCGGCCCAGGGCACAGGCUUUGAGCUGGGCCAGUUGCAGUCCAUUCGCUCAGAGGGCACCACUUCUACUUCUUAUAAGAGCCUGGUCAACCAGACACGCAAUGGAAGCCUGUCUUACGACAGCUUGCUCACUCCUUCAGACAGCCCUGAUUUUGAGUCAGUGCAGGCAGGGCCUGAGCCAGACCCGCCUUUGGGCUACACCUCUCCCUUCCUGUCAGCCCGCCUGGCCCAGCAGCGGGAGGCAGAGAGGCAUCCACGUUUGGUGCCAACUGGUCCAGCACCCCGAGAUCCCUCACCAGUCCGUUACGACAAUCUGUCACGCCACAUUGUGGCCUCCCUCCAGGAACGAGAGAAGCUGCUGCGCCAGUCACCCCCACUCCCUGGCCGUGAGGAAGAACCAGGCGUGGGAGACUCGGGCAUUCAGUCCACACCAGGCUCAGGCCAUGCCCCUCGUACGAGUUCCUCCUCGGAUGAUUCCAAGAGAUCACCACUGGGCAAGACUCCCCUGGGACGCCCAGCUGUGCCCCGUUUUGGCAAACCAGAAGGGCUAAGGGGCCGGGGACUAGGGUCCCCUGAACCAGGUCCAACUGUCCCAUAUCUGGGCCGUUCGAUGUCUUACAGCAGCCAAAAAGCCCCAGCUGGUGUCUCUGAGACAGAGGAAGUGGCCUUGCAGCCGUUACUGACACCCAAAGAUGAAGUACAGAUCAAGACCGCCUACAGCAAAUCCAACGGGCAACCCAAGAGCAUGGGCUCAGCCUCCCCCGGCCCCGGCCAGCCCCCUCUCAGUAGCCCCACAAGGGGAGGAGUCAAGAAGGUGUCAGGAGUGGGUGGUACCACUUAUGAGAUCUCGGUGUGAGCCUUCAGCACCUCCCCUCCCCCACACCUCUGCGCCUACACCAAAGGGCCCCAGGUGGCCACCUUCCUUUCCCUCAAGGGGCUCCCCUCCCCUGCAUGGACAUUUUUUAAACCACCGAUUCCAAGAGGAUGAGUUUUAUAAAAUGCAACAGGGUUGGGGAGUCGGAGAGUUGGGGCCCUGAGACUGGGGUAGCAAACCCCGUUUUACCUUUUAAGACCUUCCUUAAUCCCUGGACCACUCAGUGGACAUUUGUGCAAUUGCUCGCCCUGGAGGGAACCAGAUCAUUUUUAAACCAGAAAUAAUUUUUUUUAUUAUUGUUA